ACCCAAAAAAUCUUAACAAUCCUCUUUCCUCUGUUUUCAUUCCUCUGUCUCAAAACACCACCAUGGAUUACAAACUCAAAACCUUAACAACACCAACAACUUCUUCUUCUCCACCAAUCCCAAUCCAUGUUCCCACUAUGCUCUCAAACUCUCCUCCAUCUUCAUCUUCUUCACCUCCCUCACACUCCCCCACACCCUUUCCUUCACCCUCUCAGGGCUCUCCCCCCGCUGCUCCGCCUUCUCCGCCGCCGCCGGUGGUGGUUAGCCCCUGUGCCGCCUGCAAGAUUCUCCGCCGCAGGUGCGUCGAGAAGUGUGUCUUGGCUCCCUAUUUCCCCCCCACCGAUCCCCUCAAAUUCACCAUUGCUCACAGAGUCUUCGGAGCCAGCAACAUCAUCAAGUUCUUGCAGGAGCUACCAGAGUCCCAGAGAGCAGAUGCUGUGAGCAGCAUGGUUUAUGAGGCAAAUGCUAGGAUCAGAGACCCUGUUUAUGGGUGUGCAGGUGCAAUAUGCCAACUUCAGAAGCAAGUGAGCGAGCUUCAAGCACAGUUGGCGAAAGCACAGGCUGAGCUAGUGAACAUGCAGUGCCAACAAGCGAAUUUGGUGGCUCUAAUUUGCAUGGAAAUGAGUGAAUCGCAGGAGCAGCACAUGGUGCAGCCUCAACCUCACAUUGACAUGAGUUGCUUCAUAGAGGACAACAGUUUCGGAACUGCUUGGGAGCCUCUUUGGACAUGAUGAACUUAAUGAAUGCUAUAUAUGUAUCUUAGAUAUUUGCAUUAGAGAGAGAGAUUAAUUUGUUCUAUAGUAACUGCUCAAGUUUUCAACCUCCCAAGUGGAGCAAGAGAUGAUGAAAAUUAUACUCGGGGAAUCCAUUUUCAAUAAAGUCAUUAAUUAGUUAUAUGGUA